CCAGGCAAAAAAUUGUUUCUCUGAGAACCACACAAGCACUGGCCGUCACAUCGCGUCAUCGUGUCAGCUUCCAAAUUACCGAAACAAGAAAUAGUUCUAACGACAAGAAGAUCUCCAUGUCGAUUCCGAUACCGAAAAUCACCAAGAACAAGACUACGAUCGAUAAUGGUUUCUUCCAGAAACUCGAAAGCCAGUUUCCUGGUGCGGGGAGAGGGAAUUGGUAUAUUUACGCCGGAGUAGUUUUCCAGACCAAUGAUCGAAUGGAUUUGAUUGAGGCUUUGUGGAAAUAUGUCAAGACUGCAAGUUUUGAUUCAGAGUUAUUGGGCAAGGCGAGGAAGUUGAGGGAGGCGUUGUUGAAGAAUUCGGCGUUGGUGGGGUUUCCGAAGGGAAUAAAUGCGUGCACGAGUUUGCGUAAAGCCAUUAAGGAACAGACGCCUCAGAUUUUGAAGGCUUUGGAUGAGGAUAAGUCUUUGCGACAGUCUUUGGGUCGGGCGGAGAAGGAUGCCAGAGGGAAAGACUUCUUUUCGAAGAUUUAUUCGCAACACACGGAUCGCGUGUUGGAGAAUAUGUCGUUGGCUUCGGGGGAAGAUCUUUCGGAGUUCGCUAUCAAUGCAAUAUAUGGCGAUCUCAUGGCCGAAGAGUCGCGACUCAAUGCGAAGGAGACUGGCUUGUUGGAAUUCUUGGCAUGUUAUGCAUCUGGUGGUUCUGCGUGGAUUCAAGCUAAGGGACAUAUGUAUGGGUGCCGGAACCUAGGAAACGGGAAAGCAGAGAUAUAUGGUGCCAUGAACGUCUGCAAUGAGAUCGAGAAGCGGCUGGGAAUCAAGGUGAAUCGCGAGCCUGAAGAGAAUUGGACCUGGGUGUCGAAAGCCUACGCCUGGUGAGCUCUACUGCUACGGACGGAGCCAGACUGCUGGAGCAGUCAGGCUCGCCGAGACAGCAAGAUUGAGUGUUGAAAUUCAGCAGCAGUGGUUCGGAGGAGAGGAGCAUCUGCAUCUCCAUAUUCUGGAUGUUGCAUCCAAGCCUGCCCCUCAGUGGUAGAUCUAGUACUUGUCCAUAUUGUACGAUAUCGAAAAGUGUUUGUGUCUUGUCAAUCGGCCCUCGUAGUGUUCAUUCUGGAAUGGCGUGCUCGACGCGCUGUAUCUCGUUCGCGGCUUUGACGGCGAGAUGGACGAA